AUGGCAGAAGCCGCGUCACGUGCGCCGAUGCCCCCAGAAAAAAGCGAGAUGAGCAUCUUUCUUUCCACCAACAUGGCCAAACACAAAGGAGGAAAAAGGAGAUCGCAAAACAAGGUUUUGGAUGCGUUCCAGCUUGCGGAAAAGGCCGCUGGCCGGGGAAAAGCCAAUGUUUCCGACAACGAAGACUCCGAUUUGCGCAUCGCCGAUGGCGUGAUGGAUGCCCGCAAAUUUUUGAAAGACCAGGACUAUCUGGACUUGGAGGACGAAGAGUUGGACUCGGACGAGGCUUUAGGGUCAGAAGACGAGUACGACGUGCUCAACUCGAAGUUUUCGCAGACGAUCCGUGAUGGCAACGAAGACGACGAAGGCUAUUCUAGUAUAGACGAGCUGGAGUUGGUGACGUUAUCGCAGGCGUGGGACAUGGACGACGCCGACAGCAGAAGCACGGGAAAGAAAAACGACAUUGUGUUGGACGAGGCCGAGAGUGGGAGCGAAGAGGAAAGCGAAGAAGAAAGCGAAAGUGAAGAAAGUGAGAGUGAAGAGAGCGAAGAGGAAAGCGACAGUGACAGCGACAUUUUCGGCCAAGACGACGAGGAAGUCGACCUUACUGCCGUUUCUGCGGCCGUGCGGGCGAAAAUGCCCCGCCAGUCCCACCACAAGAAACUUGUCUCCGAAACAACGGCCGAAAACGAGUUCAGUGUGCCUACACGAGGUGCCAAGCUCUCUCUUGCCGAGAUGAUGGGCGUGGCCGAAGCAGAGGCUCCGCUAGUUAGUGAGGCGCCAGCACUUGCGGUUCCGCUUCCCAAACGGAUCCAGCAGCGCCACGAUAGAAAAGCUGCGUACGAAAUCACGAAAAAAGAGGUUUCUCGUUGGCAGGCCACUGUGAAGGCACUUGGCGAAGCAGACCAUUUGGAAUUCCCGUUGGCGCCUGUGGGCCCUGGAGACGAGGAGGAGGAAAUGGAUGCCGAGGAUCAAGUGGAGGCCCUUCGGUUUGUCUCUGAGACCAAGGAAAAAUCUGCGCUCGAAGAGAAAGUGAACAGCGUUCUUGCUGCGGGUGCCUUGUUGGACGAGUCAAAGGAGGCCACGUUCGAACAAAUUGCUGCGGCCAAGCUCUCAAAAGAAGACAUGUUCAAGCGCACACAAGAGCUCCGGCGCAUGAGAGAGCUCAUGUUCCGAGACGAGCAGAGAGCCCGGCGGAUCAAGAAGAUCAAGUCGAAGCAGUUCCGCAAGAUCCGCAAGCGCGAGAGAUUGCGGGACGCCGAGUUGAUGGACGAGGCAGGCUUGGACGAGUCUGGCUCCGACGCCGAAGACCACGACAUGAAACGGGCCGAAGAAAGAAUGUCGCUUCGUCACAAGACCCAGUCGAAGUGGGCCAAGAGCAUGAUCCGCGCAGGCAUCACCAAAGACGCUUCGACCCGUGCCGAACUCGAGGAAAUGCUUCGGACUGGAGAAAAGUUGCGGACCAAGCAGUUGGGCUACGAGAACGGCGACCAGAGCGACUCUGGCGUGUCAGAUAUCGAAAAGGAGUACGAGCAAGACGAAGACGAUCUGGAGGAGCGCACAAAGUUGGGCAAGGGAGUGUUGGCCAUGGAUUUCAUGAAGGCGGCCGAAGAAAGGAAACGCAAGGAGAACAUGCGGGAAAUACAGCUGUUGCGGGAUACCGACGGCUUUUCUGUCGAAGAAAAGACCUCGAUCAACGUGCUCAAGAAUGCGGGUCGCCGUGUUUAUUCGCCUAGUGUUGCAGCCGAAAAGGAAGAGAUGGAAGAGGUGGAAGAAGACGUUUUGGCCGAUCUUCGUGACGACGAGGAAAGAAACUUGACGAACCAAAUGAAAAAGGGAAAGAAGGAAAAAGAGAACGAGGACGAGGACGAGGACGAGCAGACUUCCAGACUUGAGACAGAGGAGUUCACUGGCUUUGACGAUUCCGAUUCGGAAACAGAGGUUCAUGUUGGAUCUCAGUCUCAGUCUUUAUCUGGAAAGUCUGGAAAUUCUGGAAAGUCUGCCAAUUCCCGGGCAUAUAAAUCCGACUCUCUCUCUCGCAAGAGAUCCCACUCCGAUGACGAGGAGAACCCAUGGUUGGCCGAAACGGAAACCACUGCCAAAUCGAACAAAUUCCACACCAUCACAGACGAAUCGUCCCGAAUGGCCAAAGCAGGCAACAAAAUCGCCAAGCACGCCAAAAAAGGAAAGAAGUCCGCCGACACUUUUAUCGAUACCGACGCCGUGCUAGAAAUGUCGGGCGAUGUGCAUGACGACGACAAUGCCAUGUUCCGCCAGCAGAACUUGAUUGAAGAAGCGUUUGCCGGCGACGACGUGAUGGCCGAGUUCGAAGAAGAAAAACAGGCGGUGAUCGAAAAUGAAGGCGACAAGAUCCAGGACUUGACGUUGCCCGGAUGGGGCGAUUGGGCCGGAAGCGAAAAGCCUCGGGCUCCAAAGAAGAAGAUCGUGCGGAAGAUCGACGGCGUGGUCCAAAAGGACAAGAGAAGGGACAAGGACUUGAAGAACGUCAUCAUAAACGAGUCGGUCAACAAGAAAAACUUGCGUUACCAGUCUGCUAGCGUGCCAUAUCCAUACAAGCUGAAGGAAGAGUACGAGAGAGCAUUGCGGAUGCCUUUGGGCGAAGAAUGGACAUCCAGAGCGACACAUCAAAGAUCGACGCUUCCACGUGUCAUUGUGAAGCAGGGUGUGGUUGUGGACCCAUUGAAGAUGCCGUUCAAGUAG